AAAAACAAAGUUGUCUACGGCAGCGAUGGCUGUCAUCGAGUUUUAUUUUAUUAUUUUAGGAAAAUAGGGAAAAGAAAGCUUUCAGUGAUUGUAAUGAUAUUUUCGUGAAUCAUGUACAUGUUUUCUAAUAAUCUAGUAGUAGUAAGUGUAAGUAUAACAUACCGGUAGUGAAAAUCACUUAGCGAUGAUAAGUAAAAAGGCUUAAUAAUUGACGACGAUGGCGUCUGACGGAGAGAUUUCGUGUAUGAAUGAUCCUAAUUUCGCCGUUAUCUACUCUUUCUUGAAAGUGUUUGGUAAAUUAUACCCUCUAGAAGUCCCUGCGAUAGAUAAACUGCAAGAAUUGAUAGAGAACACUCAGGAAGUGCUUGAACCGUUGAAAGAUAUCCACUUGAGAUUGUUGCGCCGCGCGUUGAAGUCAGUGCCGAGCAAUAAAUGGGAGAAUAGCCUCAUCAAGUUUUGUCACCAGCAACGGUAUCACCAGGAAGCUUGGGAAAUAGAAAGGUUUUCUUACAAGAAAGCUAGCACUCAAGUAAAGUUGCGCAUAUUGAAAAUUUUACUUGAGCAUCAGUUUUCAUGUUACCCAAAGUUCAAAGCAGCAGUUACUUCUGUAUCAUGCAAAGAUCUGCGGCUGGACCCUGUGGGGAGAGAUAAGAAUGGUUGUGUGUAUUGGCUGCAAGUGGACCAUGAGGCAAACCUGUGCCUCUACAAGGAAGACCAGGAUGAAGAGACAUGGCAGCUUAUUGCUAACAACCGGGAAGAGUUGGUAAAAAUAAUUGGGCAACUAAAGAAUGGUGAAGAAAUAACACCAUCUAGUGUUUCUAAUAACAAUGAGGACUCCUGUAGUGCAGAAGUGCAUCCUCCAACAGAGCCACCAAAAUCGUCAGAUGUUGAUGAAGAAAAUGAAGAAGAGUUCCUAAGCCCUGAAUCUGAAUCUGAAAAUGAAAGUGAUGAUCAUAAAGAACAAGGCAAAGUAGACAAGCCUUCAGAUAGCAAUGACAAUUCUGAAUCUGUAGUAUUAAAAGAAAACAGUGAUGUAGAUUGUACUGAUAAUAAUAGCAAUGUAGAAAAUAAGAAUAAUGAAGACAUAAAUGAAAUUGACUGUAGUGAUAGUGUAAAUAUUCAAUCAGAAGAAAAAGCUGACGAAACCACUGUAGGAGAAUCUGAAAACAAAGAAACAGAAGAAGAACAGAAAGAUCAGACUAAAACCACAAAUGAAGAUGCAGAAAAAGAAACUGUAGGUGAAGCAAUAGAAGAACCUGUCAUGGUUGUAAAAGGAGAAGGUAAUGGUGCAGAUUGCGAAAGUGCAAACUUCUUUAGUGAAGAGAUAUCUGAACCUGUGAUGUUUUUUUAUGGAGAUGGUUAUGGACUAGAAAAUGAUACUGGUAAUGUUGACAUUAUAAAGCAAGAUACUAAUGAUACUAAGGAUGAAGAUGAAAACCCUCCUGAGGAAUGCAAUGGUGACAUCCAUGAUGUAACUGUAUCUAAUAAAAAAACAAAGCUAAAAAGCGUUAAAUUAAAAAAUAAGAUGUCAGCUAACAAACGCUCUCUAAAGAAAAAGCCUAACGAUUCCACAGAAAAUUUAAAAACUGAUUGCAAAAAACAUUGUAUACGAGAUUUAGAGAAAUCUAACGGAUCUAAUUCCAAUUCUCACGAUGAUACAAAAAGGGAUAGUAGCAUAAACGAAAAAAGUACCACAGAUUGUAAAAAUGUAAAUAAGAACAGAAAAAAGAAACUCAGAAGCAAACUAAAGAAAAAACAAGUCACCCAGAAAGUUAAGAGGAACUCAAGUAAAGAUCCAUUAAACUCAGUGUCAGAAUCUGACAAUUGUCAGAAUAAUAAGAACAGUAUUAUAGAGAAGAGAAAAAGCAGUCUCUCUUCAGAGCAUAGUGAAGAAAACAGUGAAAAUGAAAAAGAGAAACGUCCAGAUAAAGUAGUGAAGCCAGAAGAUGAUUUGCCUACUAAGAAGCUACGAUUAGCACCCACAUCUGAAUUUGUAAACGUACAACAUUCCAAUGACUCGUCUGACCAUAAAGACGACACUAACUCAAAUGAGAAUAACGAAAAUUACAAUUCAAACACAAACGUCUUAACAGACCCUUUGUCUAGUAGGAAGAAAAUCAAAGCAAGAAAAGGGAAAUUUAAAAAGAAAAGAUUAGUACAGUCCAGUGAAGGUAAGAACGAUAGAGUUAGUGACGUCAAGAAAUCUAGUAAAGCUGUGAAAAGGUCUCUGUUAAACUCUAAUGCAAGUGACAAAAGUGAAUCUCAAAGUGAAAGUGAAGACGAAGAACCAGUAACGGUUGGAAAAAGAUUGAAAAUCAAACCUAAGAAAAUAAACACAUCAAGCAGGAAAAAGGUGGAAGCAAAACAUAUGGCCAAGGGUUCAAGUGAAUCUGAAGAAGAGACUCUUCAUAAUUUAGGCAAAAGAUCAGCAAAGAAGAAUCUGAAAAAGAAACCUAAGAACAAAGAUAAGCAGAAACUGAAAUGUAAGCAGCCCCCGCUAGCCGACGACGCCGACACGCCCGUGCGACAGUCGCGUCGCAUCGCGCAGAUGAAGAUCAAGGAGGAAGCCGACAGGCGGCACUUGGAGGAGGUGGCUUUGCGGGAACUAAAAAUGAUACACAAAAAAAAAUCAAAGGAUGAUGAAGAGGAGUGGCGUGCGAGCUGCAGCUCUGACUCCGAGGUGAAGAAACGUAAGAAGAGCGCUCCAGAAGGGUGGCAUGCAGCCGACUCCACCGGCCCCGACCAGGACAGCGACUCAGAGGAGCAUCUCUUCGACAACUUGGAGAUUGAACAUGACUUGGAGUUCAAUAAAUCUGACCACGAGUUUUCUCCCGAAUCCGACUUAGAGGCUGAGGAUUCGGCGGCGCCUUUGAAACUAGCAAGGACAUUGCGGGAAGGUGCUGCCAAGGACGAUGGGUUCUGCAAGCGCUGCGGCAGCGCGGAACAGCCGGAGUGGAUCCUGCUGUGUGACGUGUGCAACGAGGGUUACCACGCCAGCUGCCUCAAGCCCAUGCUGUUCGUGGUGCCCGAGGGAGACUGGUACUGCCCGCCGUGCAACCACGAGAGGCUAAUAUCAGCACUGGAAAAAGAAUUGACAAAGUACGACGAGUUGCUGGCUACUGUAGAAGCUGAGAGAGAACGGAAAAAGUUAGAAGCACCAAAACAGGAGAGCGAAGAUGAGAAGCCUUCUGGGGAAGAGAAGAAGAAGGGAGAGGAUGACGACUCUGCUGAUGACUCAGGCUCGUCGGGCAGCAGCGGCUGGUCGUCGGAGGAGGCGGUGUACCGGCUGCGCGCGCGCAAGCAGCUGCCCGUGUCGUACCGCGCGCAGGAGUACGACCGCCUCAUCAGCUCGGCCAUCAAGGAAGAAUAUGUGGAACCGACGACCAGCGCCGGCAACCAAGGCCGCGGCAAGGACAUAUCCACCAUCAUCGAAGCCGCCGAGGAAGAGAAACUGAAGGCCGAACGGGAGGCUAUCGAACAGGGCAAACCUGUAGAGGUGAAGAAGUUGAAGAAAAAACAACGCAGGAAGCCAAGAAAGCUGAACUCACUGGAGGUGCCUUCGGAGGAUGAUGACGAAACUGAUGAGGACUUUAAGGAUACAGGGAUGGAAUCUUCAUCAGAGGAUAUAUCGUCUUCAGCAGAACGUGACAGCUCGGGAUCCAACUCGUCCGACCAACCUAUACGGCGCACUUGCCGACCUGAGAAGAAAAAAGAUCGCCAAAAGAUGAUAGAGUCAUCUCCAGAAGUGAAGAAGAAGAAGGGAGUGUUUGAAGAUAGCUCCAGCGAGUCUGCCGGCGCCAAGGAAUGGUCGAACAAAUCCAAAUCAAAGUCCCGGCCGUCGAAGAAGCGGGACAAGCGGGACAAGUCGAAGAAGUCCCGCAAACGCAGCGGGCUGACGCAGUACGACGCGGAGGGGAACGUGAUCCGCGCGCGCGUCACGUACGGCGGGCUGAGCGACGACGACGCCAACGACUGGUCGCCCAAGCACCGCACGCGCCAGAAGAAGAUCAACUACACCGAGAUGCCCAACACUGAGUCUGAGGAUGAGAUGCACAAGUCGAGCGGGAAGCACAUGCCGGACAGUUCGGACGAGUUCAAAAUAGACGACUCUGACGUCACGUCCGACUCCGACUGCGAGCGCGCCAAGCGACGCCGCGACGAGGAGGAGACGGAGAACGAGAUGAAGAAGAAGGCCAUGUCGGACCUCAUCAAGAAGACUGCGGUGGUGCCGCUCACCAAGCUGCCCGAUGGGGUCACUUCCAUCAAAACCGAGACCACCGAGACGCCCCCUGAAAGUCAAGAAAAUCAAGUAACGACCACGCCGAGACCUCUGCGAGGUAGAGGCAGUAGGGGUGGGCGAGGCAGUCGAGGGCCGCGCGGCGGCGGGCGCGGCGGCCGCAGCGGCUCGCUGGGCGCGCCGCAGUCCAGCGACGACGCGCUCGCCAAGCUCGUCGGCGUCAAGAUCAAAGAUCUCAAAGCUGACGGCGAGCCAGGUCCGCUGCGACCUGACCAGAUCGAAAGAGAAAAGAAAAGGCAAGAACGCGAAGCGAAACUAGCCGAGAAAGAGGCACGGAAACUGGAGAGGAUACAAAAGAAGGAAGAGAAAGACAAACUGAAAGAACAAAAGGCCAAAGAACGGGAGGAGAAACGGCUCGCGAGACUGGCAUUGCAGGAAAGCAAGAAGAUAAAGAAGGAGAAGCCGGAGUUUAUGGGGCCUAUGGGUUACGGGCCUCCGAUGAGGCCGAUGCAGCCUGAUAGGCCUUACGGGCCCGGACCCAUGGGGCCUCGCCAUCCGGGAGACUAUCAGGAACAACGGUUCCCGGCAACACCUCGGUUACAGGUCCGAGCUGAGCUGCGAGGCAUCGCCACAGCGGACGAGCGCCGUCCGGACCACCUUCAUCCCGCCAUGCGAGAAGGGACUCUGUCGGUGGCUGGCUCACCUCAGCCAUUCAAGCCCGUGGCAGAGGAGCCCAGCAUCAUCACCAGGAUGCCGCACAACAUGAUCAAUCAGCAAUACAGGGGUUCAAUGAUGUACUCGCCGGGCAACCCGCCUUUCCGCGGGCAGGGCAUGUACCAGAUGCACCCGGCGCACCCGCCGCACCCACAGCACCCGCCGCACCCACAGCACCCGCAGCACCCGCAGCACCCGCCGCACCCGCAGCACCCCGCGCUCGGCGCGCCGCGGCACAACUACCAGUACUACCCGCACCUGCAGGGCGCCUACCGCGCGCCGCACCGCCCCGCCUCGCCGCACGCGCCGCCCGCCUACCCGCCCGCGCCGCACCGCGCGCCGCCCCCGCACAUGCGGCCGACGCACCCGCACCCGCACCCGCAGCCGCUGCCGCACGCCGUGCGCCUCGCGCCGCCCGGCAUGAUGCGCGCGCUCGGCCCCCCGCCCGCCUCCUCGUCCCCCGCGCCUCGCAAGACUCCCCCGCCGAGCGCGGGCGCGGACGACGGCGACUCGGAGCCGCCGAUCAAGAUCAAAGCAGAAGUGAAGACCGAGCCCGAGUACCAGUCGCCGCCGGGCUCGCCCGCGCAGCGCUCGCCCGAGCCGCCCAAGCCGCACCUCAAGAUCAAGCACACGGAGAACAAGGACGGGAGGCCGCGCUUCCCGCUCGGGCCCUACGCGCCGCACUACGGCCCCUACGGGCCUUACGCGCCCGGCGCGCAGCCCGACGCGCCGCUCGGCCUGCCGGCGCCGCGCGCCCCGCCCCCGCACCCCGACCGCCCCCUGCUACACGACAUGAUGCGACCGCCGCACCCCGACCGCUCCAUAAUGCAAGACCUGUCGCGCCUCGGCCCCGACCGUCCGAUGCACGACGUGCCCCGGCCGCACCCGCCCGACCGGCCCGUCAUGCACGACAUGUCGAGGCCCGACCGGCCGCUCGCGCACGGUGCGCCCAGGCCUCCGGGCCCCGACCGGAUGAUGCACGAUAUGAAUCAACCCGGACCGCCUAACCGAUUGUCCGUACACGACAUAUCCAGACUGCAGGCCGGCGACAGGCCCGCCGUGCACGACAUGCCGCGGCCCCCCGGCCCGGGCCGGCCGCUGCACAACUUGAUGCGACCGCCCGGGAUGCACGACAUGUUGCGGCCGCCCAGUGGCGAUCGACAAAUUCAUGACAGGACGAUACACAACAUGUCGAGGCCCCCCAGCGGAGAGCGCCCCCUGCACGAUAUGGCGCGGCUCCCCAUCGGAGACCGCCCCCUCCACGAUAUGGCCAGGAUCCCCAGCGGAGACCGCCCCCUCCAGGAUAUGUCUAAAGUCCCCAGCGGAGACCGCCCCCUUCAGGAUAUGUCCAGAGUCCCCAGCGGAGACCGCCCCCUCCACGAUAUGUCCAGGAUCCCCAGCGGAGACCGCUCCCUCCAGGAUAUGUCCAGAGUCCCCAGCGGAGACCGCCCCCUCCACGAUAUGUCCAGGAUCCCCAGCGGAGACCGCUCCCUCCAGGAUAUGUCCAGAGUCCCCAGCGGAGACCGCCCCCUCCACGAUAUGUCCAGGAUCCCUAGCGGAGACCGCUCCCUCCAGGAUAUGUCCAGAGUCUCCAGCGGAGACCGCUCGCUUCACGAUAUGACCAGGAUCCCCAGCGGAGACCGCCCUCUGCACGACAUGGGUAGGAUCCCCAGCGGAAACCGCUCUGUGCACGAUAUGGCAAGGCCUCCCAGCGGAGAUCGCCCCCUCCACGAUAUGGCCAGGGUCCCCAGCGGAGACCGCCGCAUACAUGAUAUGGCGCGGCCCCCCAGCGGAGACCGCCCUCCGCAGGAUAUGACUAGGCCCCCUAGCGGAGACCGCCCAUUACAUGAUAUGGAACGGCCCCCCAGCGCAGAUCGCCCCUUGCAUGAUAUGGCUCGGCCCUCCAGCGGAGAUCGCCCUCUGCACGAUAUGGCCAGGCCUCCCAGUGGAGAUCGCCCUCUGCACGAUAUGGCCAGGCCUCCCAGUGGAGAUCGCCCUCUGCACGAUAUGGCCAGGCCUCCCAGUGGAGAUCGCCCUCUGCACGAUAUGGCUAGGCCUCCCAGUGGAGAUCGCCCUCUGCACGAUAUGGCCAGGCCUCCCAGUGGAGAUCGCCCUCUGCACGAUAUGGCCAGGCCUCCCAGUGGAGAUCGCCCUCUGCACGAUAUGGCCAGGCCUCCCAGUGGAGAUCGUCCUCUGCACGAUAUGGCCAGGCCUCCCAGCGGAGACCGCCCCUUGCACGAUAUAGCGCGGCCCUCUAGCGCAGACCGCCCUGUGCACGAUAUAGCGCGGCUCCCCAGCGGAGACCAGCCCAUGCACGACAUGUCGCGGCCCCUGAGCGACGAUCGCCCGCUGCACGACUUGUCGCGGCCCCCGAGCGGAGAUCGCCCCGCUCACGACUUGACGCGGCCCCCCAGCGGCGAGCGUCCGAUUCACGACAUGCCGACACCUCCCAGCGGCGAGCGUCACGUCCACAUGCCGCGGCCGCCCAGCGGCGAGCGGCCGGUACACACGCUGAGACCCCCGGACGCGCCGGGCGCGCGGCCCCCCGGCCCCGACAUGAUGCGCGCGCCGCCCCCCGAAAGACUGAUGGGCCACGAGCUACCUCCGCACUACCCGUACAUGCGGGCCCCCUACGCGCCGUACCAGGAGCUGCACCGCAUCGAGAAGCUGCCGGCGCCGCCCGAGUCCCCGCCGGACGUGAAGCCGCGCAUCAAGGAGGAGGGCGGCGUGUUCGGCGGACUCGUCAGCUACUUCUCGUCGCAGCGCGAGGACGACCUGGACGCGUAGCGCCGCGUGUACAUACAUACACUUAUAGUCUAAGUCCCUCUAUAAAGCGACCUUCAACGACCUGCUUAUUGGAUCAAGAGUUUUUUAUGUCAAAUUAAAUAUGUCAUUUAAUUGAUGCAUCAUUGCAAAUGAUUUCUGAUUAAUAUGUUUGACAAAUAUUUUUUUUAACAUUUCACAGAUUUGGUUAAAUAAAUAUACUCCACUUAAAUUGAAUCAUCACAAUCGAAAGUGAAGCCUAUAAAUUACGCAAACGUAAGGUUGACUUUUUUGCAUCACAACUCUUAGAAACGCAGGAAAGUAUAAAUAUAUAUACGUAAAUCGAUACUAAUAAAUUGGUUAAAAUAAAAAUUAUUUCAUUUUGAACACGGCUGUAUAGGGAUGUCUACCAAAAAUUAGUUAUAAAAAAAUUGUAAAUCAACUAAUUUAUUGACAUUUAGUUUGACAUAAAAAACUCGUCAUCCUAUAACCAGCUCGAUGAAGGUCGUCCUAUAAGGGGAUUGUCUACUAAUAGAUCAUUUUAUUUAUACGCCGUCGGCGCUAGUGACGUACGCUAUGUAUGAUAUUUUAUGACGUUGACGAUUAGGUUCCCGAUGUUUUAAUGAUGAGUCUUUUUGGUCUCGAAUAGAAACGAUGUAUUAUUAUUAUUUUGUUUAUUUUAAGCGAGAUUUAUUUAUAUACAAAAAAAAACGAUAAGUACUUACACAGUAUACUCUAAAUAUGAAUUCUAAUAUAGAUCGAUUAUUUCAUUUUGCAAAUAAAUGUUUUCUCUGAAA